GCAUGAACAUGUUGGGGGACCAAAAAAUGAUCGUGACGUGGUGAUUGGUCACAAGCAAAAUAGCAUCCUCCAGACUACUACACUCCUCUGGGAUUAAGUAUUUUCGGAUUUAAAUCCAAAAAAGGACGAUAUCUGUUUUCCUCAGAAAAAACAUAGUUUAUUCAAUUUGUUAUUUUAAUCAAGCAAUUCUUCACCGACUUAACGGAUCAUCCUGCCUGUUAGGACGCGUCAGUCGGGACGGAUCCAACAGCACCAUGAAACUGUACAGCCUCAGCAUCCUUUAUAAAGGAGCCACCAAAUCCAACCUCCUCAAAGCGGCCUACGACCUCUCCUCCUUCGGCUUCUUUCAAAAAUCCAGCGUCCAGGAGUUUAUGACCUUCACCAGUGCUUUGAUUGUUGAACGGACAACAAUUGGAAGUCGUGCCUCUGUCAAAGAACAAGAGUAUCUGUGCCAUGUGUAUGUGAGGAAUGACAAUCUAGGUGCGGUGGUCAUCGCAGAUUAUGAAUACCCACAGAGAGUCUGCUUCACAUUGCUCGAAAAGGUGUUAGAAGAGUUCUCCAGGCAGGUAGACAGUAUAGACUGGCCCUCUGGGAACCCUGACACCAUUAACUACAAAGCCCUAGACAUUCACUUGUCCAAAUACCAGAACCCCAAGGAAGCAGACGCAAUGACCAAAGUGCAGGCAGAGCUGGACGACACAAAGAUAAUUUUGCACAAAACAAUGGAGAGUCUGUUGGAGCGAGGAGAGAAACUGGAUGAUCUUGUGGCCAAGUCAGAGCACCUGGGGACCCAAUCCAAAGCCUUUUAUAAGACCGCACGGAAACAGAACUCAUGCUGCGAAAUCAUGUGAUGCUGCUGCCUCAUCUCUGUGGACACACCUCUCUCUGCCUUUCUGCUCAAUCUGGUCCUACAUCACCCAUCAAGCACCAGCAACACUCGCUCAACACGACAGACGUCACAUUGAUGGGUGGCAAAAUUUCUGCCAGGCAGCUGCGUCAGGACUUCUCUGAUUUUGGACUAAUGGGGGCUUAAGGAGUGAUGGCGUUGGUGUCAGCGGAACCUUUGUUGGGCUUCAAUAGCGGAUGAGGACGUGGUAGCGUGACCGUGUAUUAUGGUGAUGUAUUGCUGAAACCAUUUAUUCUUAUUUUGAUUGAGUGACCGUACUGACACAACUAUAAGACAACUCUUAUUUUCAAAAGACAAAGUUACAGUAUAAAACUUUUUGUGGGUAUCAGAUUUGUCAGCUGGUCGGUUACAAUAAACAAUGUCACAUUUCUUAUUUGUUCAACGGUUGCUUGAUGACACAGCUUCAUUAUUUAGCAUUAACCUAAAAUUAGCAUCAUUACAUCUGCAUCACUCCUGGUCAUUGGUGUGUAUAAGUGAUAGGACUAAAAGAUCUGAUUCACUUGGGGAGAUGUCGUUUGGCGCCACCUUUUGGUUCACAUGCAGGAAAAAAUCAAAUUCUAGGGGAGCGUGGUUAUGUUUUGAUUAAUACAGUACAUCUUAUAUUCCUAAUGCUUAAUAUACUUGUUUUUAAACACAGUCUCAUGAAUGCUGUCAUACUUCUCAAUGAAGUACUUCAAACAAAAAAAGUCCACCUCAGGGCGCGUCUAUUAAACGUAAAUGUCUUAAUUGAAGUGGACAAUGACAGUUUUGUGAGAUGCCCUCUUAAAAAACAAAAAUGAAGGUUUGUUUUCUGUCUCAAGAUGUUCAUAUACAUUUUCAACAUUCCCACUGUGGUUGAUUGUGUAUAUUUGUGAGGUGAUUGUUGCCAUUACAGUGUGAAAAACAUGUAUUGGACCCAUUAUGAUGUUUUUAAUUCUAGUAAGGACUACAGUGGAGCCUAAGUUUAUCUUUUGUCCUAAACCACUAACAUUUUGGUUGCAAAAUUCGAGGUGCGUCAUUCAAGCAUUGAUUACUAUUUGCCAUUUUUUCCGAACUAAUCUGAAUUCGAACUGUUCUGCUUACAAUUUAAAGGCCUACUGAAACCCACUACUACCGACCACGCAGUCUGAUAGAUUAUAUAUCAAUGACGAAAUAAUAACAUGGCAACACAUGCCAAUACGGCCUUUUUAGUUUACUAAUUUGCAGUUUUAAAUUUCCCGCGAGUUUCUUGUUGAAAACGUCGCGGAAUGAUGAUGUGUGCGCGUGACGUGACGGACUGUAAGGAAAUUUUAGCAGCUGCACCAAACACAGCUAAAAGUCGUCUGCUUUAAUUGCAUAAUUACACAGUAUUUUGGACAUCUGUGUUGCUGAAUCUUUUGCAAUUUGUUCAUUUAAUAAUGGGGACUAUAAAAAACAAUGCUUUUGGUGGAAAGCGGUGGAUUGCAGCUGUUUUUAGCACCGAGACACAGCCAGUGUUUCUUUGUUUGUUGUGAAGCUUUAACACAGAGCGGUCAAGCGAACAUGUUUUCUCCACGUCAACCAGCAUGUUUUUGGAUGGGGAAAUUGUGAUAUAUAUCUUACCGGAGAAAUCAUUGGAUUAUUCGUCGUCCCGCAGCAGCUGUUUAAGAGGCAGCUGUGAGCUUGGCUCCUCGGCUUCUCUCUGAGACACUUCUUGUUCACAGCAGCCAUCCAACCUCGAGAUAUGUCUUUACAAUCUUUAAAAUCCCACUAAAACACUAUUAAAACAAUAAGCAGAUAAGGGAUCUUCCAGAAUUAUCCUAGUAAAUGUGUCUAAUUACAUCUGAAACGCUCACACUGCCGCCACUUUUUUUUUUUCUUUUCUAGUCCUUCACUAUCAAUAUCCUAAUUCACAAAUCUUUCAUCCUCGCUCAAAUUAAUGGAGAAAUUGUCGCUCUCUCGGUCCGAAUUGCUCUUACUGCUGGUGAUUCCCAUUAAAAACAAUGUGAAUAUGUGUGGAGCCCUGCAACUCGUGACGUCACGUCAGGGCUUUUCUAUUAGCGACCAAAAGUUGCGAACUUUAUCGUCGAUGUUCUCUACUAAAUCCUUUCUGCAAAAAUAUGGCAAUAUCGCGAAAUGAUCAAGUAUGACACAUAGAAUGGACCUGCUAUUCCCGUUUGAAUAAGAAAAUCUCAUUUCAGUAGGCCUUCAAACAUGCAGAUAUGCCUUUGGUUUUAGAUGUUUAUAUGGGCUUUCUGCACUAUGUAUGCGUGUGCAACUUAUCUUGUCAGAGUAUGUGGCUUUUACAGUGUAAACUGUUGUGCAAUAUCGCUGCAGACUUGUGUACACAAGUCUUAUGUCUACUUCCCCCUACAUAAAGCCUGUGCAGGGUUGAUUCUUGACUUAAUAAACACGUGUCUGUACUGUAUUAACUUUUGGUUUUAUUUAGGUUCAAAUUUACCAUUUAUUAUUAAAUCAAUUUGUAAGAAUGG